AUGCUAAAAUCAAUUUUGAAAAAGAUAUCUUUAGAAUUAUUUCAAACCUCGGGUUUAAAACCUCGUCUUGCCGCACUUACAACUGAUCUCAACUCAUGCGAACGCCUUUUGACCGGGUUGACUGCUCUCCUGGACUGCAGAGCAGUGCAUGGGCAUUUUUUGACUGCUUCGCGUUCAUUGUGCGAUGGUGGACUUAUGGGACUCGCACUUAUGCUAGCUGCUGGACUUCUGGCUGCAUUUUUGCUUACGGUUAUGGUUUGGGUCGAUUCGCACACGUGGAUUUAUAUCAGAAAAAAAAGAGAUUACACCACUGUUGAUGAAGCGGAUCCGUUCCUACCCCCGCAGCAGGCAAGCCAAGCAGUGGCGGCGCGUACGCUGCAGCGAAGCAAUCAGCAUCAACAGCAAGCAGGGUCGUUACCUCGUCCACCCUGCACGCCAAUGCAUCAACCUGUAGCACCACCUUGCACGCCGCCGCCUGCUUACGGCACGCAUGCUUUUGACAAGCACGACAUGUCACAAGACUCUUCGUCAUCGUUCAGACAUGACAGAUCCCUGUCACGAAACAGUCAUAGGGUCGACGGAGCCGGUCAUCUCGGUCAUAUCGGGCACCGAACACACGCUUCGCAUGGAUCGCAUACGCUCGGACGGCUGCCGUCUCAUGGACACUCACCGCCGUCGCAUUUCGGAAGCGGAGCGGGAGGACCCAACAAUGGGAAGUACGCGACUUUGAGCAAGCAAUGCAAGACUCUCGAAUCAUCUGAUUUCUACUGAGAUUCAGUCGCCUGCGGUGCCUCGCCCCCAAGGGAUCCGCGGGAUGUGACUACCACUGAAGGGGGCAUCAACCGUUUUGAUCCGAAGUAUGCAAGUUUCGGUCCCAAAGCAGUCCGCUGUCCAUCCGUGCAAAACAACUGUGCGACCUUGCGACACGGCACACGUUUCGGCGCUCGAACAACGCCGACUGAUAAAUUCAACUCCUUGGGCAGACGGCCGCAGCAGUCUAUAUCUAUUUUGAGUCAACCGCUACCCGAUAUUCCGCAAGAAGCUCCGCCAAAAGCAUCCAACGCGGUCACAACCUCGGAUCAGAAUCAGCCGUUAAAUGCCAAGAACUUUGCGGCGUAUAGGUCCCUUCAACGACCAGCAAAAGUGCCUAUAGCGCCAACCGCUCCACCGGUAGAUCCGCAUUUGCACUAUAGGACGAUGCAACGUACUGGUCAAAACCAGAACAGCGAAUUGUAUGCAGUCACAGAAUUGUAAGCGAAUUUUGUCCGCAGGCGACUAUCUCAUUUUUCAUUUUGAUCGAGCAGAUAAUAUAUGAGAAGUUUUAUUAAUAAAACAAUGAUCUGAUAUAAUUAAAUCGUUCUCUGUACUAUUUUUAAAAUGGAGUUUUAGUCAAUAUCUAUAACAAAACAUGAACAGUUUAUUUUGGUUGAUAUAUUUACUAGUAUCAAAGUUAGAACAUUUAGAUGAAAAAUGCCUUUUUUAUAUUUUCUCAUAGAAAACACAUGCUUGGAAGGAUUUUUAUUUAUAUGAAAAUUGUUGAGCUACACAAUUCUGUAAGCAAUU